AUGUAUUAUUGUAUCUAUAAUGUCUGGCUGUAUUACUGUAUCUAUAGCGUCUGGCUGUAUUACUGUAUCUAUAACGUCUGGAUGUAUUACUGUAUCUAUAACGCCAGGCUUCAUUACUGUAUCUAUAAUAUCUGGUCGUAUUUUCCGUUCGACAAGCUAAAUUCUUUACUGUCUUUCUUUCUCUCUCUCUCUCUCUCUCUCUCUCUCUCUCUCUCUUCACCCUCCCUCUUUCUUACAUUUUUAGAUUUCUUUUCCAACAUUUUAAUCCCAACUUCUCUCUGGCUUCCUUUCGUUUCUUUCUCUUUGUUCAGACCCCCCCAAAAAAAAAAAGGCCCCCGCCACAUCUCAUAUCCCAUCCUGCAACCACUUUCUGCAUUUCACCAGAGGGUGACAAGAUUAGAUGUGACAAGGGAGGCAGUCAAGCGUGUUAAAAUCGUGACGACGUCCGCCCGGAGACCAUCGAAGAAGACAGCGAUAUUAGAGAAUCCGGGCUGUGGGGGAGGGGCCGAUGAUUGGUGUCGAACGACCAUUUUUCUUGGCCACGCGUCGGGGACUUCAUUAGGCCGUCACCCGUCGCCCCGUCGCUUAAAUGCCUCUUACUUAACGACUUACGAGCUAGAAAUUCGACUGCGUCAAAAUGCAUUUUUUUUCUUUUUUCUUUGCCUUUAUUUCUUUCUAUUUCUUUCUUUCUUUCAUCCAUUCAUUCUUUCCUUCUUUCUUUCUUUCUUUCUUUCUUUCUUUCAUGCUUUCUUUCCUUCUUUCUUUCAUUCUUUCUUUCUUUCAUCCAUUCAUUCUUUCCUUCUUUCUUUCUUUCUUUCUUUCUUUCUUUCUUUCUUUCUUUCUUUCUUUCAUUCUUUCUUAAUAUAUUUGCUUAGAUUUUGUUUCUUAGCUUACUUUUUCUUUUUUCGUUCUUUCUUUCAUUCUUUCUUUCUUUCUUUCUUUCAUCCUUUCUUUCCUUCUUUCUUUCAUUCUUUCUUUCUUUCUUUCUUUCUUUCUUUCUUUCUUUCUUUCUUUCAUUCUUUCUUAAUAUAUUCGCUUAGCUUCUUUCUUUCUUUCUUUCUUUCUUUCUUUCUUUCUUUAUUUAUUUAUUCUCAUUUCUACACUUUCUUUCUUUCUUUCUUUCUUUCUUUCUUUCUUUCUUUCUUUCUUUCUUUCUUUCUUUCAUUCUGUCUUUCUUUCUUUCUUUCUUUUCAUUUCUAUACUUUGUGGUUUCACCCGCUUCUUUCUUUCUUUCUUUCUUUCUUUCUUUCUUUCUUUCUUUCUUUCUUUCUUUCUUUCUCCUACUCGCUUUUGCGCGCCACGUUUUCUUUUGCCUUCCACAGUCUUUCUUCUUCAGUCGUCUCGACCAUUUCUUCUUCUUCCAGUCCUUCUUUUUCUUCUCGAAGUCUAUUUCUCUCACUCCUGGCCUAUUUAGGAAUCCUUGUCUCUUGGAGAGACCCCCACCCCAACUACCAUCACACUCCAAUUUUUUGUUUCUUUUCUUUUUCUCUCGGCUAUCUUUUCUUUCACUUUUCCUUUCGCUCCAAUUUUUUUUAUCAAGUGUCCUCCUCCCUGUUUCUCUUCUUUCAUUCUUUCUUUCUUUCUUUUUUUUCUUUUUUUUUUCUUUCUUUCUUUCUUUCUUUCUUUCUUUCUUUCUUUCUUUUCAUUUCUAUACUUUGUGGUUUCGCCCGCUUCUUUCUUUCUUUCUUUCUUUCUUUCUUUCUUUCUUUCUUUCUUGCUUGCUUUUGCUUUUCUUGCUUUCUUUCUUUCUUCUCAUUUCUAUACUUUGUUAUUUCGCCUGCUUCUUUCUUUCUUUCUUUCUUUCUUUCUUUCUUUCUUUCUUCAUUAGACCCUUUCUCUAUUUCAUCUUUACUCACCCUCUCUACCUCUCGCUUGCUCUCCCCCACCUUUUUUCUUAUUUCUUUCUAUUAUGCUUCCGAUGUCGUGUUCCCCGACCGACCCAACUCUGUAAAUCUGAGAAAAUACCCCCUUCUCAUAUCUGAUUUUUUUCUUCUUCUGUUUUUUGAGGGAUAA